GGGCGCGGCGCCCCCCGUCGGGCUAUAAAGCGGCGGCGGCGGCGCCCCGCAGCGCUGCGGUCCCGCCGGCACCAUGCGCGCCGCCCGCUGCCUGGGGCUGGCGCUGGCGCUGCUCUGCCUCUGCCGCCCCACCGCUCCCUGGUACCGGCAGGCGGCCGGGCCCCGCCACUACUCGGUGGGCAGAGCCUCGGGGCUGCUCUCCGGCCUCCGCCGCUCGCCCUACAUCCGGCGCUCCGACGCCGCCGGCACUGCCGAGCGCCGUCCCGGAGUGCUGCCACCCGGCUCGGCCCACCCACCCGUGGCACCGUGUGUGAUGGAUGUGGCCCCCGAGCUGCGGAGCUGCCAGGCGCUGCUGGGAGUCCCCGGUACUCUCCAGUGCAAAGCAGAUGUGACUUUGUCCCUGGACCCCACGGAGUGUGUGGAUGCCUGA